GCUGCUUGCCGCUCUAGGCCUCGAGUAGGCGCAGUCUGUGGCCGGCAUCGGCCGAGCGGUGCUGUUUCGGUUUCCAGCCCGGGGAGGACCGGCGGGGCGGAGCGGAGGAUGGCGGAGGCCUCUUCGGCAGCCGCGGCGGCCGCCGUCUCCCAACACCGCUUCUUUUGCCACAGUUGCAAAGGGGAGGUCAGCCCCAAGCUCCAGGAAUAUACAUGUCCCCGAUGUGAGUCUGGCUUUAUUGAAGAAGUGACAGAUGACUCCAGUUUUUUAGAAGGCAGCGGCAGCGGGACAGAUGAAAGUCCUUCCACCUCAUUUGCAGAGUUCUGGGACCAGCUGGAUCGUUCGAUGGUCUUUCCAUUCCUGAGCAGCUCUCUGGACCACAAUGGCAGAGACAACGAGAGGGGCCACCAAGCCCAUGCAGACCUUUGGGGACCAAGCCGACCCCCCCGACUGCCCAUGGCCCGGAGGUAUCGGCCCCGCCUCAGCACCCGGCCAGAUCGGUCGCCUGCCAUUGAAGGAAUAAUACAGCAGAUCUUUGCUGGAUUCUUUGCAAAUUCAGCAGUUCCUGGAUCACCACCCCCAUCUUUCUCCUGGGGAGGCAUGCAGGGGAGGCUGCACUCUAGCUUUGGGGACUACGCGUGGGACCAGAGUGGCCUCGAUGCUGUCUUGACCCAGCUUAUGGGACACCUGGAAAAUACAGGGCCUCCCCCAGCUGAGAAGGAGAAAAUUUCUUCCCUCCCAACAGUGACUGUCACUCAGGAACAAGUGGGUAAGUUCUUACUUUCAUCACCGUUUGUUAUCUUGUCUGGAGCCAGUUUGACCAGGUUGUACUUCUUGGUAAGAAACAGCUGCUCUCAGGAUCAGCUGGAGAUGUGCUCCUGGCAAAAUAACCCUGGUGGCACCACUUCUGGGGACUGGCUUUGAUUUCAGAGCUUGGGAGCCCUGUGCAGAAGGCUGGGUUUUGCACAUAAGACAGUCUCGUGCUUCCAUCCAACAGAGCUUUAGCUGCAAGCUCUACUGCAUUUGUAAAUGUUUUGCAGCACGGCAGCUUCUCAAAAUUGGAUUUGCCAAUUCAGAGACUGCACCACACCAUCAUGCCGUCAGAAUAUGGUUUUCAGAAUUAUUUCACCAAGAUUUCCACCAUUAGUCAACCAUUUGUAAACCUUUUGUUUCAACCAGCAGUCAAACUCAACUGCUGUCCCCAGUCAAAUCUUUCACUUAGAAGUUCAUCUUCUGUCAUCUCCAGUUGUCCUCUGACUUAAAAUAGGAAUAAUAAAUUACAAGCAUGGAAGUGGUGACCUUCCAUCUUUAUGUAAGAAAAUUGCAGUAAUGACUCCAGUUGCCUUUAUCUUUCCUGGACCUGGCCUAGGGGGAGGCGGGAGGAAAAGACCCUAGAAACUCAAACACACACACA